GGGAGGAACCCGGGAAACUGGCGUCCCGCUGAGGCCGCGGAUUGGGCGGCGGAGAGCACAGUACUCACGGGCCUGGGCGGGCUCUGCCCGGCGCCGGCGUCCUCUUCCCGGGGCAGGCGUUCCCCUGGGAGUCGGCCGGGCAGGGCCAGAGCUGCCCUGAGCAGGAGCGAGAGGCGGCCCGGCCGCUCCUCCUGGCCCGGCGCGAGCCCAGCGGCUGGCAGGGCGGGGAGCAGAAGAGAGAAGUCCGGGCGCCGCCGGGGAGCCCCAGGAAGGGGUCGCUGGAGAAGGAUGGUGCUGACGGAACAACGCGCUCUCUUCCACUGAAAACUUCAAAAAAUACAUCCUUCAGAACAUGUGACCUUCUGGGCAAAGGGUCGCAGAUCAGAGUCUCAAAUAAACAGGAUUAAAUCUAAGUUGCAGAAGCAGAGAGAGCAGAUUUACUACAGAACUGGGAAACGUGGAGCGGAAUUGUUAUUUUCAGAGUAGAAAAAUCUUGUGGAGAAUGAAGACGCUGACACUAGGUUUUACACGAUAUGCCCACGGGCGGGAAGAAUUACAUUUUCCCAGAAGCCCCUGAGUCUGGAGCCCGGUGAGCCCUCCUUCCUUUGUUCACCUGGAAACACCUGCAGUAGGAACCCAAGGAUUCCCGGCUAACCGGUACACGCCAAGGACGGAAGAUGUAACCACGACAGACUUCCAGGCAGGAUGGAGAGACUUGCAUCUAAGAGCAUAAACAUCUCAGAGUGCGUGGGAGCUGAUGGACUGUUAAUCCAUGCAACUCCUAGAGGAAGCUGAAGAAGGCAAGGAGAUGGAUUCUCCUCUAGAGCCUGGGGAGCGGCGUGGAGGACUCAGCCCAGCCAAACAUCCGCAGCCCAGUGACACCCACCUCAGACUUCUGCCCUAGAGAACUGUCCGCAGAAAAACAUUCACGAUCAUAAAUUUAGAUGACCAAGAUGGAUAUCCGGGGCGCCGUGGAUGCUGCCGUUCCAACCAACAUCAUUGCCGCCAAGGCUGCAGAAGUUCGUGCGAACAAAGUGAACUGGCAGUCCUACCUUCAAGGGCAGAUGAUUUCUUCCGAAGACUGCGAGUUCAUUCAGAGAUUUGAAAUGAAAAGAAGUCCUGAGGAGAAGCAGGAGAUGCUUCAGACGGAAGGCAGUCAGUGUGCUAAGACAUUUAUAAAUCUGAUGACUCACAUCUCCAAAGAGCAGACGGUUCAGUACAUCCUCACCAUGGUUGAUGACACGCUGCAGGAAAAUCACCAGCGCGUUAGCAUUUUCUUUGACUAUGCUAAACGUAGCAAGAACACCGCCUGGUCCUACUUUCUGCCCAUGUUGAAUCGCCAGGAUCUCUUUACUGUUCAUAUGGCAGCAAGAAUUAUUGCCAAGUUAGCAGCUUGGGGAAAAGAACUGAUGGAAGGCAGUGACUUAAAUUACUAUUUCAAUUGGAUAAAGACUCAGCUGAGUUCACAGAAACUGCGUGGUAGCGGUGUCGCUGUUGAAACAGGAACAGUCUCUUCAAGCGAUAGCUCUCAGUAUGUACAGUGUGUGGCCGGGUGUCUGCAGCUGAUGCUUCGAGUCAACGAGUACCGCUUUGCCUGGGUGGAAGCAGACGGGGUGAACUGCAUCAUGGGAGUUCUGAGUAACAAGUGUGGCUUUCAGCUCCAGUAUCAGAUGAUUUUUUCUAUAUGGCUCCUGGCGUUCAGUCCUCAGAUGUGUGAACACCUGCGACGCUACAACAUCAUUCCUGUUCUGUCCGACAUCCUGCAAGAAUCUGUCAAAGAGAAAGUGACAAGAAUCAUUCUUGCAGCAUUCCGGAACUUCUUAGAAAAAUCAACUGAAAGAGAAACUCGCCAAGAGUAUGCUCUGGCUAUGAUUCAGUGCAAAGUUCUGAAACAGUUGGAGAACUUGGAACAGCAGAAGUACGAUGACGAAGAUAUCAGUGAAGAUAUAAAAUUUCUCUUGGAGAAACUUGGUGAGAGUGUCCAGGAUCUUAGCUCAUUUGAUGAAUAUAGUUCAGAACUUAAAUCUGGAAGAUUGGAAUGGAGUCCUGUGCACAAAUCUGAGAAAUUCUGGAGAGAAAAUGCUGUGAGGUUAAAUGAGAAGAAUUAUGAGCUCUUGAAAAUUUUGACCAAACUUCUGGAGGUGUCCGAUGACCCACAAGUCUUAGCUGUCGCUGCGCAUGACGUUGGCGAGUACGUUCGGCAUUACCCGCGAGGCAAGCGGGUCAUCGAGCAGCUCGGCGGGAAGCAGCUGGUGAUGAACCACAUGCACCACGAGGACCAGCAGGUGCGCUACAACGCCCUCCUGGCCGUGCAGAAGCUCAUGGUGCACAACUGGGAAUAUCUUGGUAAACAGCUCCAGUCUGAGCAACCGCAGGCGGCAGCUGCCCGGAGCUGAACGGGCGCUCGGCCUCGGGGUCUCCAGCCGCUCCUUCACCUGGGGCAGAAGACCUGGAGUGUGAGUCUCAGUGAUUAGGGUCAAGAACAAACAAUUUCUCAUUUUACGUGUCAUUUUCUUCUGUUGUGUAGCUUUCCCCAGUGCUGAUUUCAACACGAGUGUUUGCCCAUUACUUUGUAUUAAAGUAGGCGCUUCCUGUAUCUAAGGAAAAUAGUACUGUUACACAUACUGCUUGUAACUUCUGUAUUUAUUGUUCUCUGGGAGUGAAUGUAGAAUUAUUAAACGAUUCUCACUCCAAGUAUGUUCUUGUCUUUCUUUGUUCCUGACUUGGCCUUUAACACAAAUACCUCUUGUCCCAACCAAAUUAGGAGAAUUGUAUUUGCAAAAUAGUGAAUGGUAAAUAAAUGUUUUCAAAUUA